AUGGCGGACGAUAUGGCAAAUCAUUACCAGAUGCUGGAGGAGUUGGGAAGUGGGAGCUUUGGCACGGUAUACAAAGCCAUUGAAAAAGCGACGGGGGAGAUUGUUGCAGUGAAACACAUUGAUCUCGAGUCGAGCGAAGAUGAUAUCCAAGAGAUUCAGCAAGAGAUCUCCGUUUUGGCCACAUGCGCUAGUCAAUACGUGACACAGUACAAAGCGAGCUUUCUUCGAGGACACAAGUUAUGGAUUGUCAUGGAAUAUCUGGGCGGAGGAUCGUGUCUCGAUCUGCUGAAACCCGGGGUCUUUAACGAGGCCCAUGUCGCGAUCAUCUGUCAACAGCUGCUACAAGGCCUUGAAUACUUGCAUAGCGAAGGCAAAAUCCAUCGGGACGUUAAGGCGGCCAACGUACUCCUCUCGCAUACCGGGAAAGUGAAGCUUGCGGACUUUGGGGUGGCGGCACAGCUGGUGAAUAUCAAAUCACAGCGAAAUACUUUUGUCGGGACCCCGUUCUGGAUGGCACCAGAAGUAAUCCAGCAGGCUGGAUACGACUAUAAAGCAGAUAUUUGGUCUCUAGGAAUCACUGCCAUCGAGAUCAUCAAUGGGGAACCGCCGCAUGCGAGUACCCACCCGAUGAAGGUGCUCUUUUUGAUUCCCAAGGAGGCCGCUCCUCGCUUGGAGGGCAACGAAUACAGUAGUGCCUUUAAAGAUUUCAUCUCGCAGUGCUUAACGAAGGACCCCGACCGGAGACCCAGCGCGAAGGAGCUCUUGAGGCACAAAUUUAUUCGCAAUGCGGGGAAGACUGAAGCGUUACAGGAACUCAUCCAGCGGAAGCAAGACUGGGAUGCAGGACGAGGCGUGAGCCGCAAUGUCAAAUACUAUGCCGAAUCCCUAAACACGAUGACCAACUUGCAGGACGAUGACGAUUGGGUUUUCGACACCGUUAGAGCACCGACAAUGAAGAUAGCCGAGGACCCGGAAGACAUAUUCCGUGAGCCAGAAAGCCAAAAUCUUGUAUACGACGAGACCUCCGAAACUUCCGAAAUGAUGGAAAGCUUGCACAUCUCCAACAGCCCGCCCGUUGCACCUAAGCAGGUUCCGAACUCGACAGUGCGGCGCAUUCCGGCUCCCGAACGGAUCCCUUCGAUCAAGCGACCUCAAAAAAAGCGACGAUCCAGCGGUUUCAAACAGCCCCUCGGAGUUGACUUGACCUUCGGCAAUAGUCCAUCGGCAGUCCGCCCAUUCCGUCGCGUUUCCGACAAGGCACCGCUGAACGCAACUGACAGUCACUAUUCGCCUCCAUAUUCUUCCAGCAAUGGGGAGAAUGCUAGUCCCAACGCCAUAUCCACCGAGGGGAACAGUAAAGAGGCGUCUCUAGGCCGUCGGGCGUACAGCAAAGCUGUAGGGAUGGCUUGCCAAGAAGUUCUGGGGACAACUGGGGAUCAAGACAAGCGCGAGGCGAUUUCGCGGCUGGCAGAAGCUUGGAGUGACCUGGAAAUGGUGGACCCCGAAGGACUUUUCCACAUCCUCAGGGUCACCAAUGAGAAGCUUCAAGCUGACACCAAGCUGUCAGGUCUCGUUCCACAAGCUCCACCACCCGAAUCUCCACAGAAGCCUCGAUUAAUUUUGGCACAAAACAACCCACACCUAAAAAGCCACAAGCGGCGGCAGUCGACAGCUACGGUUGAGCCUAACCUGCAACCGGCGCAGCUAGCCAGCCUACCGGGCCAGCAAGUUCCUGGAAUGGAGCACACCAAGCAGCUGUCGGAUGUCCUCUACCAAUGUUGGUCCGAAGGCCUUCGCAACCGCUGGGCUGGGCUUUGA